ACUUUAUCAUACUCUACCCCCUUUCUUCCUCCUCCCACCUACUGUCAAAUCUCCACCUCGACUUUUUGUACGGUAUUACCAUUCACUCUGACUUUCACUCAUCUUGCAGUGCUGUGCUGUAACUAUAACACCUUGUUUGCUGCAGUUAAGAGGCCAAUGUAAUGAAAACCUGUCAUGGAAGAAAUACAACAAUUCGACCUGACAUACGUCACAGAACGGAUCAUCAGCAUCAUCUGUCCUUCUACAUGUCCAGAGGAUCUUUACUUGGAGAAUGUGAGAAAAAUUAUCCCUAUGCUAGAAUCUAAGCAUGGAAACAACUACAUGCUCAUCAACCUCUCCCAGAAGGAUGACAUUCUCACAAAAAUUACCCACACGGUUUUUAACACAGGCUGGCUGGAUCUCUUAGCUCCAAGUUUGGAUCAAAUCUUUAACGUUUGCACAGCAAUGGAGAACUGGCUACAAGGUCAUCCAAAGCACGUUCUGGUGUUACACUGCAGGGGGGAUAGGGGACGACUUGGAGUUCUUGUGGCGUCAUACAUUCAUUUCAGCAACAUGUCCGCCAGUGCAGACCUCUCUUUGGACCACUUUGCCAUGAGGAAGUUCUACAAUGACAAGCUCUCUGCUCUGAUGAUUCCCUCCCAGAAACGGUAUGUUUGGAUGGUGGGGAGCAUGUUAAAAGGAGGGCUGAGGAUGAACCCCUCUCCGUCUUUUCUGCUCUGUGUUGUUCUUUAUGGUAUCCCCAAAAUAAGACCAGAUGGAGGGUGCUGCCUGUUCCUUAGAGUCUACCAAAGUCUACAUGCAGUUUGCACAUCACCUGUCUACAACAUCAAUGCUGUUCAGACUGAUCGUCUCUACAUUGUGCUUCAGCCGGCCCAACUACUCAAAGGGGAUAUUAUGGUGGUUUGUUAUGACAAAGAUAGCCAGUCAGGGAGUCGCCAAGUGGUUUUGCGCCUCCAGUUCCACACUGGCAUGGUAGCUGGACACUCCCUCUCUUUCUGCAAGGCAGACCUUGACUGUGUUGCUGAAGAUUCCCGUUUCCCAGAUGGUGGAAAAGUGGAGCUGCUGUUCUCAGAUAGUCCAGAAAAGAUUGCAGGUAGAGAGCUGUGGUUAAAUGAGCGCUCUGUGACAGUGGACUAUGAUACCUUGGACCCUUUGGUCAGAAGAGACUCUUUUCAGGACUGGCCUCAUUCACAAGCAGCUCCUCCUAAUGUGUCUGAGUCUGGAAAUGGAAAUUUGUACUCAAGAGUAAGAAAGAAGAGUACUGAGGAGGGAGCUCUGUACCCUCCAACCUCUAUCAGCCCGAGCUGCAGCGACAGAGCGCCAUCAGCCAGCAGUGACUCAGGCCUCUCUGUUGCCUCACAGGGGAGGACUGGAGCCAGACUCAGAAGAGGAACCCCUCAGGACACCUGGAACCAGAAGCUGAUCUUUGGGGCAGACUCAGAGCCGACCCAGGCUCUCCUGGAGGUCAUGACUGAACUUGAUUCUUCCUUUAAUGGAGAGGGAAAGGUGUCUAAAGAUGAGUCUGGACUGGGAGCCUCUAUCAAUGGAAAAGUUUCAUCAAGCGAGAGAGAGACGGAUAUUCUGGAUGAUGAGGAUGAAGGUUCUGUUUCAGAGGCUCCAAACCAGAGUAAUGAUUUCUCACUCCCAUCUGGAAGUCUACCUGACAGUCAGAGUCCAAAGGAGUACUCCACUCACUCCUGGGUUCGACAGCAGCAGAAGGUAGAUCCCAUGUCUGAAAUACGAAUCGGUAACAAAGAGAGAGCAGCACGUCUGGAGGCUCCUGAAACACCAGCACGAGGAUUAAGCAGCAGGGAAGCGGUGAAGAGAUGCCUCAUAGAUGAGGGCAACAGAGAGCCUGGCAAUUCUCCUUCAUCCUGUCAGGAAGAUGAGCUGGCCUCCUUAAAUACAGACAUCGAUGACUCCAUUGAGCAGCUGAACCAGCUGAUUCUGGACUUAGAUCCCACUUUUGUUCCAGUUCCUACUCGAUGUUCUCCUCUGUCCCGCUCAGCCUCUUUACAAACCAACGGCCUCAGCCACAAGGGAAAAACAUAUCAGUCAGGGUGGAAACAGCAGAGAUAUGUCAGCGACGUGACAGACUCUGCUGCUCCAAAGAGUCCAGGAUGGAGGGGGGCUGGAUCUCAGAGCUUCAUAAAUUCCCCAGCUAACAGCAGCUCCUUUUUAAACUCUCAGCAUGGUCAGCUCUAUAAAACUACCAGUGUGGAUUUCCGCGGACAAGUAGACAGCUCUGACUUCAUCCCAGCGACUCCAGCUUUCCCAGUGUCUCCUCAAACACCCUAUGUGAAACAUUUCUCUGAGAUUUCCCAGCUCGGUGGUGGAAGACAGUGGGACCAACACAGCUGGACACAAGAAUCGAGAAGUUUCCUGGAUGGCAUGAACCAUUCUGGGGGCUCCAAAGACAGAGAGCUGUUCCAAUCUGACGUUCCAGUCACUCCCACCUCCUGUCAAAGGAUCUUUGGCUCCAUGACCUCAAUGUCAACUAGCAGUCCCCUCCAACACACAGACAGCUCUACUCCUCCUCCUGUUUGGCUCGACCGCACUCCAAACUCCCUGAACUCGCUAUAUCCUCCGCAACCUUCACCUCCUCUUCCUCUGAGCUCUCCCAAUGCUCAUAGUUCUCCGCUGGGGACUCAGAUGAGCCGAGGAGGGAGUUUAGGAGUCCGUAGUGGAACUGACAGUGCAGACUUGUCUUCGUUGCUAUUAUUGGACAAUGGUAGCCUGGAGCACAGUCUGCUAGAGGCCGUGGAGGGCCUGGGGAAUCUGAAUCUUGGGGGAAAUGCAGGGAUUGCUCCUCUACUGCCCGAGAAGAGAAGAACAGGUGAGGUGGGAGAUGUAGGGUCACGGUCCCCCUCUCUGAGUGGAUUUUCCAGCCCACACAGUGGGAGCAGCCUCAGCAUCCCUCUGUCAUCCUCUCUGACAUCAGAUCCAUUUAGAGGUCUUAGUGGAGCUUCGUCACCUGGGGCAGACUCCAGCAGUAAACAGGACACUGUAAAGUUUGUUCAGGACACGUCCAAGUUUUGGUACAAACCCGACAUUUCCAGAGACCAAGCCAUUGCAGUGCUGAAGGACAAAGAGCCCGGCUCAUUUAUUGUCAGGGACAGUCACUCAUUUCGCGGGGCGUAUGGACUGGCCAUGAAGGUGGCCACACCUCCUCCAUCAGUGGUACAUCACAGUAAAAAAGCAGGAGAUCUGUCCAGUGAGCUGGUCAGGCACUUCUUGAUAGAGUGUACACCAAAAGGAGUUCGUCUUAAAGGUUGCCCCAAUGAGCCUUACUUUGGAAGCCUCACAGCUCUGGUGUGUCAGCACUCCAUCACCCCUCUGGCCCUGCCAUGUAAGCUUAUCCUGCCCGACAGAGAUCCAUUAGAGGAGCUGAAUGAUGCAUCGGCACAGACAGCAACAAACUCAGCAGCUGAACUUCUCAAACAGGGUGCAGCGUGCAACGUGUGGUUCCUGGGUUCUGUGGAGCUGGAGUCUUUGACGGGUCAGCAGGCGGUCCAGAAGGCAACCACACUGACACUCUCCAUGGACCCUCCCCCUCCCUCCACUGUGGUCCACUUUAAAGUGUCUGCUCAGGGAAUCACACUCACAGACAACCAGAGAAAGCUGUUCUUCAGGAGGCACUAUGCUGUGAACACGGUUAUAUUCUGUUCUCUGGACCCACAAGGAAGGAAGUGGACAAGAGACAGCGUCUCCACAGCAAAAAUUUUUGGAUUUGUUGCCAGGAAAUCUCAGAGUGAAACUGAAAAUGUAUGUCAUCUGUUUGCUGAACAUGACCCUGAGCAGCCAGCAAGCGCCAUUGUCAACUUUGUCUCAAAGGUCAUGAUCGGCUCUCACAAAAAGUGAUGGAAAGCGGAGCUUAGCUGCAGCAUAAAGAGAACCUGGAUCAAGGACAUAAUCCCUGCUGUGGAUUCAUUUCAUAAUUAUGGCUAACUUAUGAACAUGAUCAAAAGCCAAAAAAAGAACUUGUACACACUCCACACUGGAUUUUAUGGGUUAUUUCUGCCAUCUUGUGCCUGGACUACAGGAUACUUCCAGAGGAGGGAGCCAAAACUCUGACAUCAAUGUUUUGAUGUUCCGCAUUCUAGUUUCAUAAAGGUUUAAAAAAAAAAAAAAAACCUGAAAGUGUAGGCAAAAUUUUCCAGACUCUUUGAACUAUUUUCUAAUUUAAAACAAAUUUAAAUGUCUUCAAAUUUAUGGUAAAAAAAUAUUGAGUUUUUUUUUACGUUGCGGUUGUGUUUCUGAUUAUCUUCCUUAUCAGACUCUGAGUUUUACAUGUGGACCACCUUGACCAGCCCAAGCCUCAGUGGGGCCCUAUGCAAAAUUAGAAAUUUCAGGGCCAUCUAUUUCUGCCAAUAAUAUGUAUUAGCACAAUCAAAUGUGACAAUAUCCAAUCAUUCGCACGCCCUAUAAUAACUCUGACAGUAUUGUUUACAGUGUCCUAUUUGUAUGCAUCAGCUAGUGUUACUAAAAAUAAUAGAGAAAAAAAUAUGCAGUUUAUUUUUCAGUAAAAUUGUGAUGUGGUUAAUACUUUUUAGGUCCAAAUACAACAGCAAUGUGCAAAAAUAACCAGUUGUGCAAGAACAACAGCAAAAAAUGUAAUUGAUUUGAUAAAUAAAAAUAAUUUUAUUUGUAAAAAUAGUAUAGGUAUGGGUACAGGUAUAAAUGGAAGUUGAUUUCAAAACUCUAUGAAUUUAUGUAAGUAUACACAAAAGAUAGAAAUAUAAAAAUACCACACAUAUAAUAUUUUAUGUUACACUAUUCUGUUUCUCAAUACACCAUUUACUUUUAAAACCUGUGCUUCCUGGCACUUUUUUGUUAGACCGAAACAUUUCAUCUAAGAAGAUAAAACUUGUAACCCUCAAAAACACCAUAGAUCUCUGCAAUAAUUCAAAAUCAAAAGGCUUUAGGUUGUGUUAGAAGUCAAAAUGUGACUUUAAAUUGGGAUAAUGUAGACUAAAUUUGUCUUUGCUCAAUAGGCUCCAGAUAUUUCUCACUGAAAUGCUGUCCAGGUGGUGCAGUUUUAUCCUUUGAGCUUACUGUGUGACUUUUGAUCGAUAAGAAAAGCUGUCACAGGCCUUUACAUCUCAGUCCAAGCAUGAAAAAUAAAGCAAGACAUUUUCUUAACCACUGACCUCCCCCUAAACUUCAUCAAUCAAUUUAAAGUUAAACAUCUUUUAUGCUGUAACAACAAAUGGUGUCAUUUUAUAAUAUGAACACUUUAUUGUUGUAACAAUAUAAUUGCAUGUAUAAAUAAAACAUAAUCAUUUAGAAAAAUAUAUAAAUCUAGUAAGAACAUUACAUUUUUUGUUGUAUAUUGAUAGUAUCUUUAUUGCAAUAAUGUAGUAUUGUUUCAUUGUUAAAAGUAAAUUUUGACAGUUUGAUAGUUUUGUAAAACAUGAAAGGACAUAUUGUUAAAACAAAAAUUCUUUUGACAUUAUAAUACACCAUACCUCAUUCAUCUUGGGUAACAGCUCUAAGCUUCUCUUUAGCAAAAUAUCUUCACAUCUAAAAAAAACAAAAACAUAGAAAACUACAUUUCAAUGUUAUAGCUACAACAAUUUCUUCAAUUGCUUACUAUAAAUGUAUUACUUUUAAUAAGAAUAUCUAAACUUUAUAAAUAUUUACUUUAUAAAUAGUGACGGGUCCAAAUACACAAAGUAGGUAUUUACUCUGCUUAUCUGCCAACUUUAACAUUAAAAAGGUUCUGCACUAAAGCCAUAGAUUUAAAUGCAUUAUUCCAAGCAGGCAAUGCCAGAUCCCAGUAGCUCUGUGAUGCAGCUGAGAAAGUACCAAAGCUUAGCAUUAGGUAA